AUGAACUAUGUAUUCGAGAUCAAAACCGAUACCGACAUAUCUAAAGACCUAAUAAAGGAAGUGAUGAAGGAGGCCCGACUGAUGCGGGGUCUACAGCAUCCGAAUGUAGUAAAUCUCUACGGCGUUGGAUUGCUUGAUCAACCGCUUUAUAUUUUACUAGAAUACGUUGCUGGAGGUGCUCUCAAAACGUAUUUGAGGAAAAACAAGGAGACAAUAACGAAGACUGAAAAGAUUCAAAUGUCGUUAGGAGCUGCAUGGGGUAUUGAGUACCUUCACAAGUCAAACAUACUUCAUCGUGAUAUCGCAGCACGCAACUGCCUCUACGAUUACGACUCUGCGGUAAAAAUCUCGGAUUUUGGUCUGUCGCGAAUCGGUACUGAGUACAAAAUGAAAACAGCGAAGAAAAUGCCGGUCAGAUGGAUGGCACCGGAAAGCAUAGUCAGCUUCAUUUUCACAAGGAAGACUGAUGUCUACUCUUAUGGGGCAUGA